AUGAUUGCUACGCCUAUAAGAUUAGCAAAGAGUGCUUAUGAGCCGAUGAUCAAAUUUGUCGGCACGAGGCAUCCGUUAGUGAAACAUGCUGCUGAGAGCAUUAUUCAUCCAUGCGCUACGAACGGAAUGUUACCUGGCAGCAAAGAAUGUAUUCCUGCAAAUAAGUUCAUGGAAAACUAUAAGCCAUUUCGCGUAGUGCCAAUAAAGCAUGGUACUAGCGCUAGCUUCAGCCCUUCGAAAACCUCCGCGUUCGUUGACAGACCAUUGGGUAAAGGUGAACUUGCUUCCAUUUUCGAGCUACCUACCAGGUUCCAGUAUAAGCCCAUCAACGAGAACGAAGUGGAAAGCAUAAAUAGCGGUGGCGCAUGGUGA